GCACGAGCAGGUGGAGGUUAAAGAGCGCGAGGAGGAGACCACUCUCCGCAUCAUCGUGGAGCGCUACAACGGUGCGACAGGAGCCAUCGAGUGCCGCUACUACACAGAAGACAACUCAGCCAUUGCCGGCUAUGAUUACGUCGAGGCUUCUGGGACUCUGUACUUCGAUCACACAGUGCAGACGGCAACAAUCGAAAUCACUAUCAAGCCCAAGGGUCGGUACGAGAAUACGUCGUCCUUCAACGUCUACCUGGUAGAGCCAAGCGGCGGUGCGAGCUUUGAUCGUUCCACCGAUGGUGGCUCCACAAGUUGCAUUUGCCAUGUUGUCAUCAAGGCCGACGACGAGCGAAAAGCAGCCCUGGACCGCAUCGCUAGCCAGAUCAACUGGAACAAGCAUGCCCUCGGCUACUCCAAUUGGAAGGAGCAGUUUCGAGAUGCAGUGUUUAUGAGCAGAGAUGAUGACGAGGAGGAAGGUGGCCAUUCCUGCAUGGACAUGGUUAUCCACUUCAUAGGCAUGCCCUGGAAGCUCCUCUUUGCAUUCAUUCCACCUGUAGACUAUUGCAAUGGCUGGUGCUGCUUUUUCGUGGCCCUUGGCAUGAUAGCUGUGUUGACAGCAGUAGUUGGCGACCUGGCCAACCUCGUUGGCUGCACACUGAACAUCGGGCCGGAGAUCACGGCCAUUACUUUCGUAGCUUUGGGGACCUCUUUGCCUGACACCUUUGCAUCCAAGACGGCUGCCAUCAUGGAUCCGUAUGCGGAUGCCUCCAUUGGGAAUGUCACAGGCAGCAACUCCGUCAACGUGUUCCUUGGUCUGGGCAUGCCCUGGACCAUUGGAGCGAUUUACUGGCAGACUCAGAGUACGAGCGGAGCCACCUUUGCAACGUGGCUCUCGAACCUGCAGGAAACCGGCAAGUACUUCGAAAUCAGGUCGUCGAUCGUGAACUACAACAAUCUAGAAUCUGCAGUCUUUGUAACCCCUGCAGGCUCUCUGUGGUUCAACCUAUUAGUGUUCUCCUGCAACGCGAUUUGCGCCAUUAUGCUACUUUACCUCCGGCGGCGAACCUUCGGCGGAGAGCUAGGAGGGCCACGCCGCUGGCAACUGGCGAGCGCUGCGUUCCUGGUCUUCCAAUGGUGUGUCUACAUUGGAAGAAAGCAGUGCUGGUUGCAGCCAGAGCCAGAGCUGGCAACUGCAUGGCAAGCGCAACUGCGUGGCCGCGACCAGAGCAACCUGCUCUGGGAAGAAAUCCGCCUGGAAGCCGUGGAGAGGAGCCGUCUAGGAUCCCAAAGUUGCAAAGUUGCUGCGAUCGUCCGUGUCGCUGUGAUCAAGUGCUUAGCUUGCCGGGCCAGCGCCGCGGCAUUCAGGGCGAUGAAAGCCCUCGUGGUUGUGCAGUGCUUUCCACCGCUGCUGAAGAAUGCAGGCGGGGUCUCCAAGCGCUACUUUACAUUGUGUCGAGCAUUGAUCGAUGGCUUGGGUUGGCAGGUGACCCUCAUGACGCCUGUGGACUGCACCAGGAGUAGCGAGAAAGACAUCAAAAGAUGGAUUGCAGAAGGCAAGCUGGUCCAUUUGCCAGCUCGUGGGGUCCGUGUUCGCUCCUCCACCGACGGCGUCGCGGUCUUCCUAGAUCUCUUCUCCUAUGCCAAUGCUGCAGCGCUGCUGAGGGAAACCAUGGUUCGUGGAGGCUACGACUGUUUGUUUCUGGAUGAUGUUGGAGGCAUCCGAUUCCCAAUUUGCGUGGACAUGAGAGGGAUGGCCGUGGCAGACUUGAAGCAGCAAGAUUCAGUGCAGUCAGCCAUGUGGCGGAGCACUGCGCGCAAAAAUAUCCAUGGCCGCGCCCGCCUUCGAAUCUCUUUCUGCAGCCGGGCAGUUGUUGCCACACUUAUGGCGGCACUUGUGGUGAGCCGAUCUUGGCUUCCAACUUUCGCCCUUGUGCCGCAGACACCAGCGGAGGAUGAGCCGCCCAAACUCUUAGGAGCAGCUCAGCCAUCGGAAAAGGCCGGCAAUGGCGAUGAACAGCCUGCAGCUAGAGGCUCAAUACCCUUUGCCAGAGUGGCCCCGCGCAAGUUCCAGAUCCUUUUCACUUGCAAGAUCUGCGAAACCCGAAAUUCGCAUAUGAUCUCCAGGCUCGCAUAUCAGCAGGGCAUCGUGAUUGCGACGUGCCCUGGAUGUGGAAGCCGGCACUUGCUGGCCGACAAGACCGGACUGCUGGACGUUGGGAUUUGGGACGUGGAGCAGCUCGCGCAACAAGGCGAGAACGUAACCCGCUUGACAACCGACGGGUACAAGCAGGUCGGUGCAGAUUUGCAGGUAGAAGACCUGCCGGACAUGGUGCAGGAUGAGAAGUCACCUUUACUGGUACGGAACAAGGAUGGAUUGAUCGAAGCUUUGCCAGAAGAGAACUUAGGUGUAAGCCGGGCCGCUGACUUCAUGGCAGACACCGCAGACGAUAGCGAGGCUUUACAAGACUCUUGCCAGAAGCUCAUCAUGCGAGAACAGGCGCCCUCGUGCCCAUAUCACCAUGACUAUACUGUCACGCGAGUGUCACCGCAGAACCGGGACGGAUGCGAAAUGCAAGCGAAAGUUGUUGUGAUGCAGUCGGCCAGGGAGAUUUUGGGUGUGGUGGUCUCAUCUCACACGGACAUCACUCACAUGAAGGCCUACAAGGGCGUCGUGAAACUGGUGUGGAAGAUUCACAUGCUGAGCACGAGGCUGGCAAGCGUUCAUGCGACGGUGUCCAGGGUUUUCGGGGCCCAGAUGGGCAAGACGCAGCCUGGCCGCGGAGAUCGUCUGAGGAUACUGCAGCGAGUUGGCAUGGGCUGCAUGGGCAUUCCAGGUAUGGAAUCCCCAUCAGUGCGAUAUGGCCUCCGAUCUUGUGGUCAGAGGACAAAGUUUGGUCUGGCACAGCGCGAGUUCAAAGCAGAGCCGGCAGAGUGGGCGGACCAGGAGCAGUCCAACAUGAACGACUUUAGAAGAGAUAUUUGCAGCUUGUUGAGGGCCGCAGGCUUCAAGAGCUUUCGAUACUCGCCAGGAACCUCGAGCAAUCCUUCUGCUCUUCAGCUGCAGACUAGGUCAGCUGGGAGAUGGUCCGCGGAAAAGCGAAUCCAUCUGCUGUGGGAAGCACUGCCGAAGGACUGCGCGUUGGUGAUUGUCGGCGAUGGAACUUCCGGAUAUUGCCAGACUGUCAUGAAUGCCCCGGCUUCAGGUCGGCCAAAUGUUCUACCCUUGCGGAAGAUGUUGAAUGGCAAGGAGUUGCGUGCUGCAUAUGCGGCCAGCGACCUGUUCGUGUCAGCUUCCAAUUUUGAAACGCUGGGCAACACCGUCAUCGAGGCGAGUGUUUUUGAGGAGAUAGCUUCUUUGUCUCUACGGGGCGGUGACCCCAGGAAGGAUGACGAUGUCUAG